CAAUUUCAUCACACCAAACUUUCAGAUUGGCAGAAAAUAUAAACAUUAAUUAGGUGCUCUUGUUUUUUUUUUCUCCCUUUGUGUUGUAACUGAUUUGCUUCAUCAUGGGAGUUUUAGUAAUCUCGGCUCUCCUGCUGCAUGUCCUAGCAGUUUCCAUCGGCGUUCAAGGCUUCUACCGUCGUGGCGGCCAUCAUCCCGGCGGCCACGGAGGACCUUGGAUCAACGCUCAUGCCACUUUCUACGGCGGGGGUGAUGCUUCCGGCACAAUGGGUGGAGCAUGUGGGUACGGGAAUCUGUAUGGCCAAGGUUACGGAACAGAGACGGCGGCGCUGAGCACGGCGUUAUUCGACAAUGGACUUAGUUGCGGUGCGUGUUUCGAGCUGAAGUGUGUCAACGAUCCUCAGUGGUGCAUACAAGGCCGGUCCAUUGUGGUCACUGCCACUAACUUUUGCCCUCCUGGUGGCGCCUGCGAUCCUCCCAACCACCAUUUCGAUCUUUCUCAGCCCAUCUACGAACACAUCGCUCUUUACAAGUCCGGCAUCAUUCCGGUUAUGUACAGAAGGGUUCGGUGCAGAAGAAGAGGCGGGAUAAGGUUCACGAUCAACGGCCACUCAUAUUUUAACUUGGUUCUGGUCACAAACGUAGGUGGAGCCGGGGACGUACACUCAGUGUCGAUGAGAGGGUCACGUUCAAGAUGGCAAUUAAUGUCAAGAAACUGGGGGCAAAACUGGCAAAGCAACUCUUAUCUCAACGGUCAAAGUCUGUCGUUUGUUGUGACCACAAGUGAUCGCCGAAGCGUCGUGUCGUACAAUGUUGCUCCUCCCACUUGGUCCUUUGGCCAGACCUACACCGGAGGGCAGUUCAGAUAUUAACAACUAGUAAAAUCAUUUAAUGAUUUUAUAUUCUAUACCGGUUUGGUUUGCUUCGGUUUCUUAUAAUUUUCGGUUCCAAGUUGGGUCUUUUUUGGAUAACCAAUUGAUGUUUGGACUGAUAGUGAUAUGUAGCCAAAUGUGUGUGAACGAGGACCAAAAAAAGAAAAAGAAAAAAAUAGACAAAUUCUCGUUUUAUAUAAAAAGAAAGUGAUAUUGUUAUUAAAAAUGAAAUGGCUCAGUAUUUUAUAUGAGUGCUUA